ACUGGCCGCCCACUGAAGAUGGCGGCGGAGCUGCAUCCGCGGAGCGGAAAGCUGAUCGGCCUGUCCAACUCGAACCGGACCGCCCGGCGCAACCAGCCAGUCCAGGAGUUCAACCAUGGCCUGGUGCUUAGCAAGGAGCCACUGAGGGACCGGGAUGUCUUCACCGUCCGCAUUGACAAGAAGGUGAACUCUUGGAGCGGUUCCAUUGAGAUUGGCGUGACGGCACUGGACCCCGCCGCGCUGGACUUCCCCAGCAGCGCCACAGGCCUUAAGGGCGGCUCCUGGAUCGUUUCGGGCUGUUCGGUGCUACGUGACGGCCGCUCCGUCCUGGAAGAGUACGGCCGCGACCUCGACCAGCUAGCCGAGGGGGACCGGGUGGGCAUUCAGCGCAGCUCACGCGGUGAGCUCCACCUCUGGGUAAACGGGCAGGACUGUGGUGCGGCAGCGAGCGGCUUGCCGCCCAAGCUCUGGGCAGUGGUGGACCUGUACGGCAAGUGCACUCAAGUGACGGUGGUGAGCUGUGAGCCGCCGCCACCCUCUGCGGAGAAAGAGACAAUAGAGCGGGACGAGGAAGUGGAUGAUGAUGAGGAAGAGGAGGAGGAGGAGGAAGAGGUGGUGGUGCGUGGGGGUCGGGAGGAUGCGGGGAUCACGGCACUGAUGAAUGUGGCAGCAAUGAAUGGAAUGAUGAAUGGAGAUGAAGUGCCUGAGCUUAGCUGCAGUCACAGCAGACCAGACAAGUUCCCAAACAACCUGGAGCCGGACACGGUUCUAACGGAGCACCAGCUCUUUGACGUGUUCAACAACGCAAUAGUAUCUUUUUAUCGCUCUGAGGAUGAGGGCGGAGGGGAAGAUGGCGGAGGUGGAGGAGGAGCAGGAGGCGGCGGCAGUAGUGGAGGAGGAGGAGGAAAUUCAGGAUCUGACUCCUCUUCCAGAAAUGACAGGGGGAGCAGCAGUGGGGGAGGUACAGUCAACAGUGACAGUGGAACAGGGACAUCAGGAGGAAGUAGUGGAGGAAGUGGAGGAAGUGGUGGCUCUGCAGGAGAAGGUGGGAAUGCUAACAACAGCCCUGCUGGUAACGGAGGGGUCGGGCUGGCGGCUGUGACGGGUGCGAUGACCACCAACGACGCGCUGCUGUUCCAUGAAAAAUGUGGCACACUGAUCAAACUGAGCAACAACAACAAGACGGCGGAGCGGAGGAGACCACUGGACGAGUUCAAUAACGGCGUGGUGAUGACCAACCGGCCGCUCCGACACAACGAGAUGUUUGAGAUCCGCAUUGAUAAGCUGGUGGACAAGUGGUCGGGCUCAAUAGAGAUCGGCGUGACCACACACAAUCCCAACAACCUGGACUAUCCUGCAACUAUGACCAAUCUGCGCUCAGGUACAAUCAUGAUGAGUGGCUGCGGGAUACUGACCAACGGGAAAGGAACCCGUCGGGAAUACUGUGAAUUUAGCCUCGAUGAACUUCAGGAGGGAGAUCACAUAGGGCUGAUGCGCAAAGCCAGUGGAGCGCUCCACUUCUACAUCAAUGGCAUCGACCAAGGUGUUGCAGCAGCUCAGACCCCCGGCGUGGUCUACGGUGUGGUCGACCUCUACGGCAUGGCCGUCAAAGUCACCAUAGUCCACAACCACAACCACAGUGACCGCCUCAGACGCAACAAUGCCAUCAUGAGGGCUUUAUCGCCCGACGUGGGCCGGCCCAGGCCAGCUCUGUCUCUCACUCCAGACGCAGAGGGGCCCGACCGACUGCUCUUUCACCCCAACUGUGGCCAGAAGGCCGCCAUCAUUAGUGAUGGCAGGACGGCGCUGCGGCCACAUGCGACUGACGACUUCAACCACGGCGUGGUCCUGAGCAGCCGGCCGCUGCGCUCCAAUGAGGUGUUCCAGGUUCGCAUCGACAAGAUGGUGGACAAGUGGGCGGGUUCCAUUGAAAUCGGUGUCACAACGCACAACCCUGCUUACCUGCAGCUGCCCUCCACCAUGACCAACCUGCGCUCAGGGACGUGGAUGAUGACGGGGAAUGGCGUAAUGCACAACGGAACAACAAUACUGGAUGAGUACGGACACAACCUGGACCGGCUCAAGGCAGGUGACACAGUUGGUGUCGUGAGGAAAGAAGACGGCAGCCUCCACUUCUUUGUGAACGGUGUGGCUCAGGGCCCGGCAGCCUGGAACGUCCCUCCCAGUGUCUAUGCCGUGGUCGACCUGUACGGCCAGGCUGCUCAGGCCACCAUCAUGGACGACAUGGUGGACCUCCCGCCUCUCCCAGAGGACAGCUCAGACGGCCCCACAGCCAUGUCCCCUGGGAGCCCCUGCUCGGUAGGAGGAGCCAGCACGAUCAACGACCUGCGUUUUCACCACCUGCAUGGCACUAACGCUGUCAUCACCAAUGGGGGGCGCACCGCCCUGCGUCAGAACUGCCGCAGCGAGUUCAACGACGCUAUUGUCAUUUCCAACAGGUGCCUUCGAGAUGGAGAGCUGUUUGAAAUCAUUAUUCAGAAGAUGGUGGACCGCUGGUCGGGUUCAAUAGAAGCAGAUUUCUUCUUACCUUCUCUGUGUCCAGGAGUGACAGCCAUCAGGCCGGAUGAGCUCGAGUUUCCUAACACUAUGACUGAUAUCGACUAUGACACUUGGAUGCUCAGUGGAACAGCCAUCAUGCAGGAUGGCAACACGAUGCGCAACAACUACGGCUGCGACCUGGACUCCCUGACCACGGGCUCACGGAUCGGCAUGAUGCGCUCAGCCAGCGGCGACCUCCAUUAUUACAUCAACGGCGUGGAUCAAGGAGUCGCCUGCACUGGUCUGCCCCCAGAGGUGUAUGCUGUCAUCGACCUGUAUGGUCAGUGUGUUCAGGUGUCCAUCACCAGCUCCUCAGGCCCACUGGACAACAGCCUCUGUACCAGCAACAUCACUGAGAAGAGCUUCCCCAUCCACUCACCAGGUAGACAUCAGGCUCCCUGCUCAGUAGCAGGCGUAGCCCAUCGGCUCCACAGUAAACACGGUAAGAAUGUAGUGCUGCUCGGCGACGGCUGCCAGGGCGUCAGAGUCGGAGGUUACGCUCACGGCAUCGUGUUCAGUGCGAAGGAGCUCAAAACAGACGAGCUGUUUGAGGUGAGGAUUGAUGAGGUGGAUGAGCAGUGGUGCGGUUCGCUGCAUAUCGGUCUGACCACUCUGGCACCGCCGGAGCUGCCGUCCUGCCCGCUGUCAGGUCUCUCCCCCUCCCUCCCUCAGCUUCGCACCAAGGUCACCUGGCUGCUCUGCGGCUCUGAGGUCCGUCGCAACGGCGUGCUGCAGCGCCAGAACUACGGCUGCUCACUGGACCGGCUGACGGUUGGGAACCGUGUUGGUGUGAAGAGGUGCAGCGAUGACACCAUGCACAUCUUCAUCGAUGGUGAAGACAUGGGACCUGCAGCCACUGCAGUAGCCAAGAAUGUGUAUGCAGUUUUGGACCUGUAUGGGCGGAUAACGGCGGUGUCCAUUGUGAGCUCUUCGUUGAUGGAAGACAUGGAAAGCGUCAAGGCGCCCUCGCUCUCCUCUGACAGCUGCAGCGAAGGAGAAGAAGACAGCACCCCUGUCAGAGAGGUUGAGACUGAGCCAUGUGUACUGGUGCCCACUGUUAUGGCAUUCCUGGAAAACCACGGCAAAAACAUCCAGCUGUCCAACCAGAACCUGACAGCAGCCAGAGUAUCCAGCUACAACCAGGGCCUGCUGGUCACCGCCCAGCCGCUAGCUCGCCAGCAGCUGUUCCAGUUUCAAAUCGACCGUCUGAACCCGUCAUGGACAUCAUCGCUGUCAUUAGGGGUGAUAGGUCACUCCCCCGACCGGCUCAACUUCCCCUCCACAGCGUGUUGUCUGAAACGCUCCGCCUGGCUGCUGCAGAGAGACUCCGUCUUCCACAACUCCCUAAAGAUAUGUGAGAAUUAUGGUCCUAAUUUGGACACCUGUCCAGAGGGGACGGUGUUGGGUCUGCUGGUGGACGCCAACAGCUGUCUCCACCUCUAUGUCAAUGGCAUGGACCAGGGUGUGGCUGCGCAGGACAUUCCUUCGCCCUGCUACCCCUUCAUCGACCUCUACGGCCAGUGUGAACAGGUUACUAUAGUAACAAAUAACGUGCCAGCUGUGGGCGGAGAGAGUGGUGAGACCCGUUGUCAGGGUGACAUGGAGAAGGCAGACAUGGUUGACGGAAUCAAAGAGAGUGUGUGCUGGACGCCCCCUCCAGAGGUCAACCCCAACAAGACCUGCGAGUACCAGGCACUCUGCUCACGCUUUAAGGACCUGCUCACAUUACCAGAUGGCUAUUUUAAUGAAGACGCAAAAUACAACCUGUGCUACUGUGAGUCCUGCCACAAGCUUCGGGGUGACGAGGCUUAUUACAAGAGAGGAGAGCCGCCUCGGGACUACGCCUUGCCCUUUGGAUGGUGCCGCUUCGCCCUCAGGAUCAAGCCCCACUGUGAGGUUUCUAAUGCACUGAAGAAGUGGCACAUCGCAUACCACGGCACCAGUGUAGGAGCCCUGCGACGUACGCUGGACCACAGCCAGCUGCUGCCUGGAACAUCAUCCAUCUUCUCGGUGUCUCCGGUGAAGGCGGAGGGGCCUAAUGGCUACACUGAGCCAGAGGAGAACAGUGCCCCAGGCAGGGAGGUUCCCAGAGUGCGCCUCUCCCCCACUAUGCGCUACUCCGGCAUGGAGAUCUUUGCCCCUAAAGUGCAAUUUCGGGACCCGCGUUCUCACCGCAGUCACCAUGCUCAGGUGGGAUUCCAGGUGUGUGUGCGUCCAGGCUCCUACAAGGUGGGACCCCAGACACUUGGCCACAGCGAGUCCCUGGACCCUCGCUUCAGCAACUCAGAGAUUGAGUGGAUUACAAAAGAGCAGGGCGGCACACUCCUCUACGGACUGCUCAUCCGGGUCGAGUGAAUGUUGCGACAAGGGAGGCAUUCGGGUGGAAGUGGGGAGGGUCCGUGCGGCGCUUCUCGUACUUUUAAUAAACUGACAACCAAAUCCAACCCCUGCCUUGAGCGAGAGACUCCUCUGGAAUCCAGCUGUUCCUACUGUGGAUUGUUGACAAUUCAGCAUUAUUGAUUUGUUUUGUUUAUUUUGUCAGUUUUUGGUUGUUUGCUCUUGGACUCUUUUAAUGGCCGGGGGCUACGGCGGUUUCAAAGAAGAACAGACACUGCCUGCACUUUAUGUUUUGGACACUCGUGGGCGAUUUUUAAACUAACUUCUCAUCGACACGACACGUUUGUUCAUUCGCUACAGUUAGUUCUCUUUGCCACGUUUUUUGUUCUCAUCCUUCCCAGUAUAUUUUCUUCCACACUCACAAACAGCUGUUUUUUUUCCUUUAAAUUUUGGCACUUAUUUUAACACUCAUCACCUCUGCUCUGAUCAGUGUUUUUGAUUUGGGAGGAGCUGUCCCCUGCCAACCUGCACGUUAAAGGACUGUCACCUAAAAAGACUGAAACGUGGGUCAAAAAGAAAAAAAAAAGAGUGACAAUGUUUUCAUAAAAAAACAGAAAGACACUUGAAUCUGAGAAUGAACCUGAGAGUGUCUUGUGAUUGUGACUUCUUUAGGGGGGGGGGGGAUUUUAAAACUGGAGGAAGAAAAAAAAAUGUUUACACAUGUACAACUGUAUGUCGCUGUCCUCGUCAUGUCUCCACGUUAGCAGUUCGGCUACUUUAUCAGUCCUGUUUGCGUUUCUGUUGUGGCCCGGCAUCAUGUCUGACUUGUCUUGUCAAAUGGAAAACAUUCACAGGAUUUAAACUGUGGAGAAAACUGGAAGGUUUGACAUAAAAACAGACUUUUGGAGAUUAUGAAUUGCAAAUGAUGUUCCAGCCUGACAGCUUAUAUGUUCAUAUUGAGAGGAUUGUGGUGAAAUUAAAAAAUAUACAUUUACUUCUAGACUUGGCAGGCUUGAUACAGAAAAAGGGGAAAAAGUCAAAGUUCGAUACUUUGUUGUAGAGCAACAUAAGAAGACUGAUGCCACUCUCAUGUUCUAAUGGGAACUAUGAAGCUCCAGCUAGCAGUCUGCUAACUUAGUUUAGCAUAUAGACUUGAAACAAGGAGACACAGCUAGCAUAGCUCUGUCCUAAAGGUAGCAAAGUCCACCUGUUAGCACCUCCAAAGCUCACACGUCUUUUGUUUGUUUUAUCGAUACAAAAACCAAAGUGUAAGAACACCACUUUGCCAUUUUAUAAAGUGUUACGUGCCACAGUCUUUCUUGGCAAAGAACAGUUGCCAGGCAACCAGCGGAGACUCAGUUGGUUGUCUUGCAACCAAGAAAUUGUUUGGCACAAAACCCCUCAUAAAAGAUGAAUUGUCCUUGUAUCACUUUGGUUUUUUACAGAUAAAACAAAUUACAGGAAACAACAACAUGCUAGUGAGCUGCUACCUUUGACCCCAAACCUCACUGUCUCCUGGCUGUAGCUUCACCUCAAUACACAAACAAGUGAGUGCUAUCAGUUCUCUCAAAAAGCAAGCUCUUGGCAAGAAAGUGAAUUACCCACAAUGUCGUACUUUAAAAAAUAAACUAAAAGGCAGGUAAAUGGGCUGAAGCCAAAAGGUUUAAGUGGUUUUCCACAUCACUCCGACUGUGUCACUUCCCCCUCAUCGUUUACUCUAGAUCCACUCACACCUCCACUCUGAUCUCUGCGUCAGUCGUGACUGACUGUGUUUACCUGGCAGAACGUCCAGAGCCAAAAAGGUGUAGUUUCUAGAUCAGCAAGCCGUCAAGUCGUCUGCAUCCAACGACCUUUGCUGGUGUUUACAUGUGAAUGUUAUUCAUUAGGGCUCUGCAGUUCUUUUACGUCAGCUAACAUCAUGGAUUUACAUUUGUCAAAUGUUUUUACAAGGAUUUUCAUAUAAUCCCAAACAUCCACCUAAUGAUUGAUUGUAUGUGAACAGCUUUCCAAAGUAUUGUUUUUUUUCACUGUUGUCAGUCCUGUUGCCAAUUUGAUAAACCUGCUACAGAACAUGAAACCCUGACACUUUUCAAGGCACAGUUUUGUUGAGUCAAACUCAAAAAUCAUAAUUGAAGAAGCUCAGUCACCUUCUAAGAGCAGCUGUGAUCUGACUGAUAGAAGGUCUAUGGGGUUUGGCAGAAGGAGAAACUUCCAAUCAAAAAAUGUGAAAACUAUUACUAUAUGGGUUAUUUACAGCCCAGUGCUGCUUUGUACAAUUUAGUUUGUAUUGUUUUCUUCAUUUGUUUUCUGUAUGUUGCGUUGUACAGGCUGUUACAUAACAAAUCAUAUCUUCCUGAUUUAUAAAAAAGAAAAAUAAACUGACAGACAGUAUGCACAGAA